AUGGCGACCGAAGACGACGGCGUGGCUGCGACCGCCACAGCGGCUACGACAACGGACAAGGUUGUUGAUACGGACACCACAAACCACCCACCAGCCUCGCCGUCCGAACUCUCCAGCGCUUCCGAUUCGGACGACGACCAUUCCAACAACGCCUCCUCCUCGCCGCCCAAGAAGAUUGAAUGGCUGGCCACGGGACGCGCCAAGCGCGCGACGGCGGGCAACCGCAUGAAGAGCCUGAUUGCGAGUGUAGCCGCGGCGGCCGGCGGUGAUCUGUCGGGGUCGGGGACCGGCGGCGGCCGGGGCACCCCAGAGGACGCCGACGAUUUGGAGCUGCUGUUUGCCGACGACGGCGAGGACGCCGGGUGGUCACUGGAUGAGGACGGAGAAGAUGGCAGCGACGACGGCGACGUUGACGACGGCGACGACGACGACGAUGAUGCUGGGCGCGGUAACAAGACAGCGGCAAAGACAAAAGGCCGCAGACGACGGCGCGACGACGACGAUGCCGAGAACGACGACGAAAACAUGGACACGAGCGACGACGACGACGACGACGACGACGACGGCCAAGGGGGCGGGGAGGGUGCCGAUGACCUGGCGGGGGAGCGCGAGCUGGAACGCAAAGAGCGCGAGAAGCGCAAUGCGGCGCGCAAACGCAAAGCCCAGGCGGCCAUCCCGGCCCGCUUCCGCAAAAAAGUGCGCAUCGACCAGCCCGAGAAGACUGCGGCCGGUGCGGCCGGUGCAGCCGCGGGCCGUGGUGGCCGCGGUGGCCGCAGACGGGCACCCGGCUCCGUGUCGGCGUCGGGCGGCUCAACACCCACGCCGUCCGCUACACCGACCCCCGGUUUCCCGUCGUCCCAGCCGCCGCCGCCGCGCAAAAAGAAGAAGAGCGAGCGCGCCAGUUGGCUGCCGACGGCUGCCGACAUGCCCGUGCGCGCGUCGUCCCGCACCACCACCCGCACCAGCAAGGAACAGCUUUACCAGCAAAUGGCGGAGCGCGAGCGCCGCCGCGAGCGGCAGCUGGCCAUUAUGGCGAAAAAAGCCGCCCGCGACGAGGCCAACAAGAAACCGCCCCUCACACAGGCCGAGCGCCUGGCGGAGGCCGCCAUUGUCGAAGAGGCCAACGCCCGCAGCCUCAACACGUGGGAGGAGGCCGAGAAGCAGCGCGAGGCCGAGCGCGCCGCCAAGCUGGCGGCCAUGUACAACCGGACGCUCGAGGGGCCCGUCGUAACGUUUUGGAGCGGCAUCGUCGAGCUGACGGGCGAGGGCCUGCUGCAGUCGCACGUCGGGCGCAUGGUGGCCAUGGAGGAGAAGGCGCCGCGCAAGAAGCGGCUGACGGCGGCAGAGAAAGCGGCCGCCGAAGAGAAGGAGAAGGAGGCCAAGGCGGGUGGGCCACCAAACGAGCCAAAAGAGCCAAAAGAGGGUGAACCCCCAAACACAGGCGAGGUGAAAAAGGAAGACGGCGUGCCAGCAAAGGAGAUCACAGCAGACACCAACGCGCCAGAGAAACAGCCGCCAGAGGGAACAGACGGUGCACCACCAGCACCAGCACUCGCACCAGCGUCAACGUCAGCGUCAGCGUCAGCCCCAGCGGGAGAUGCACAGGCUGCUCAAACACAGUCCAAUGCCGUCGCCAUACCCAGUGCAGCCCCGGCUGACGGCACUGCGACAUCCAGCACCGAAGCAACAGCAACGACAGCACCACCAACGUACUCCGAGGCUGCUUUCCAGCCCAUUGGUCUUCCUCCGGCGCCGAGCUCAUCCACCACCGGCGUUAUGGCGCAACCCGGUACUGCAGACAAGAGUGACCCGGAUGUGGCGAUGACGGAUGCUCCAGUCACAGAUGUGCCAACGGCGGACACACCAGCUGCCACCGAAAACACCAAAGUCAGCAUGAACGAUGCACCGCCAGCAUCCGCGGAGGUGACAUCCACAGAGGCAGCACCCACGCCGCCGGCUCCGGUCCCACCUCCGACUGUCCCUACAUUAACCGGGGGACAACAAGAAGCACCUACACCAACAGCCGUGCCGUGCAAUUUGCCUGCUGCCCAACCCCCACAGCCUUCCGAUCCCAGUGCAGACGACAAGUCUGUGCCCACGACUGCUCCUGACGAGAUUCCUGCUACUGGAGACACGAUAGCAUCUCCGGCUGGAACGAGCGCACCAACAGCUGAGCCAAAAGCCACGUCACGAGAGACUCAAACGACCCCAACACCCACAGUAACUCUGAUAGGCGAGACGUCGUCAGUAUCAGCUACCGAACAAGACGCGGUUCAGGAUUCGCUGACGGAGGCACCAAAGACUGCACCAGCACAGCCUGUUGUAGAGACUGUGCCAUCGGACAGCAAUGUGCCGUCCACUGCCUUACGAGCACCAACGCCUGUCGAAAACGCGAUGCCGCCGCCGCCGCCACCCAAGUCGGUCACAGGUGCAGUCCCUGCCCAGGACGAUGCGCCAGCAACAGCGACAAUUGCGCCGGUCGAACCGUCAAAACCAGGCGAGGCAGUUCCGCCACCGGUCGGCGGUGCGUCUGGGGCCGCCGCUGCUGCUCCAGCCGAUGCCGCCCCCGCCGAUGCCCGUAUUACGCGCAGCUGCAUCGUCCUCCAAAACUUUGACGAGGACGCCAUCGAGGACAAGCAGGUCCAGAUGCAGAUUCUGUUUGGCCGCCGCAUGGCCAAGAUUGCCAAGCCUGCGCACGCGCCCAUCUGCAGCAUCACCGGUCACCCGGCGCGCUACCGCGACGUCGAAACCGGCCUGCCAUUCUACAACGCCUUCGCCUACAAGCAGAUCCGCAAGCUUGUCAAGGGUGAGCUGCGGUGGAGCCAGCUUGUGGGCGCCUGGGUCGGACCGGGCGGUACCACGGCGACUGCUGCACCGAUUCCGGCCGCUGCGGGCGUGCCAGACGGCUUUGUGGACCCGACACAGCUGAAGAAGAGGGAACCCAAGCCGGCGGAGAGUGCCGAUGGCAACAAGAAAGAUGAGAAGGACGGCGAACGAAAAGACGGACAAAAGACAGAGGGUGGCCAGACAAAUGGAGACGGCACCCAGCAGAUCCAGGCCAAUGGCAAGACAGAGGACAGCAAGCCGGCCGAGACGCCUGCUGCCUCUGCUGCCUCGACUGCUCCUGAAAGCGUCAAAGCCGAUCGGGCGAGCACAGCCACCGUCCCUGCGCCAGCCACAUUUGCGCCGAUGGCUCCUGCCGUCCAAGUUGCUCCCGCUGCCCAGCCGGUACAGAUCCCGCCUGCCGCGGCAGCUCAUGUGACUCCUACGGCUCCUGCCGCUCCUACGGCUCCUGCCGCUCCUGCCGCUCCUGCGACUACGUCGUCCUCCACAGAAGCUUCCAUGCAGAAAGAUGUCACUACUCCUGCCCCAGAGACUGCACCUGAUCCACCGCCCACUGGUGCCGUGACAGCAGCCCCAGUUGCCUCCAUCCCUCCACCUACGGACAGCGAAAGCACAGCGGCUGCGAAUGGUUGA